GGCCCCCUCGCUUGUCUUGUCACUUCCCUGCAACAUCCGCUGUUCCUUGGUUAAGAGGCUCUGUGAGCCCGAGUCCCACCACCCGUGGAGCCACCCCCACCGCGCUCUCCUGCGUGGAUGCGAGAUGCACCUGUUCAGAAGUCUCUGUCUGUUUUUCUCUCCAUCUGUCUCUCGUCAGUCUGAUUUUCAGGGCCCCGGCCGAUGAACUAAGAUGGGUUUGUUUUCCCUCCCCUACAUUGUUAUUACUUUUCAUUUUAAAUACUUAAAAAAGGAUUGUAGACCUUCAGAGUGAUUCUCGUUCAACUCUCGGCCUCCUGAUAAUGCAGUUUCCCCACAUUUUGCCUCUGCCUUUGUUAAAAAUGAUCAAAUAAUACUUUUUAUAGUGGCUGUCUGAAAAGUCCUACUCGUUACGGCCGCCGACUCUCCUGGUGGUUAUUUCCUUAGGUGUUUCACAGGUCGGGGCUGUGGGCCCCUAUUUGUGGGCUUUGGUUGUAGGAAUCCUGAGCCGUCUUCACUGCGUCCCCCCGCAGAGGUUGUAGUCUAGCACCCUGAGCAGCCUGGGGUUACUUUCUGUGUUGCUUCCUGGCUUUGGGGGAGUGCUGCGGUCGCAGCUUCAGGGCACACUUUCCUGCGGCCAGGGCUCAGGCGGACAUGCUUCCGUGCUGUCCUCCCCUGUGGGUGCCGUAGGGGAGCAGGUACCAUCCCAGAAUAGGUCUCUUUGGCAUGUUAAUAGUUUUAAGCUGGUUAUUUUCCGGGAAACAGCAGGCGUAGAAGAAACUCUGAAAACCAAGUAGGAGUCACCUUUUUGUAAGAGACAGGGACAUUUACCAGGGGAAUCUCCACAUGCAAGGGCGUCCCCCUCGCUGUACCAGGAACACGAGGACGACCGAAUCUCUAGCAGCUCCUACGGGCGGAGAAGCUCUUCGUCCGGGUCCUCUGGCCGCGUUUCGCAGAAAACCAGCGGGAUGGCUGCAAACAAGAGCAAGAGCCAGAGCUCCCUGGCCCUCCACAAGGUCAUCAUGGUCGGCAGCGGAGGGGUGGGCAAGUCGGCCCUGACCUUGCAGUUCAUGUACGAUGAGUUCGUGGAGGACUAUGAACCUACCAAGGCUGACAGUUACAGGAAGAAAGUGGUCCUGGACGGGGAGGAAGUCCAGAUAGACAUCCUGGACACGGCCGGACAGGAGGACUACGCGGCCAUUCGCGACAACUACUUCCGGAGCGGGGAGGGCUUCCUCCUUGUGUUCUCCAUCACUGAGCACGAGUCAUUCACAGCGACUGCCGAGUUCAGGGAACAGAUCCUCCGCGUUAAGGCGGAAGAAGAUAAAGUCCCGCUGCUGGUUGCGGGGAACAAGUCUGACCUGCAGGAGCGGAGGCAGGUGCCGCUGGAGGAGGCCAGGGCCAAGGCCGAGGAGUGGGGCGUGCAGUACGUGGAGACCUCGGCCAAGACGCGGGCCAACGUGGACAAGGUGUUCUUUGACCUCAUGAGAGAGAUCAGAGCAAAGAAGAUGUCAGAAAACAAAGACAAGAAUGGCAAGAAAAGCAGCAAGAACAAGAAAAGUUUUAAAGAAAGAUGUUGCUUACUGUGAAGGUCGAGGUGCUGGACCAAGUCGGUCGCCACUAAGAAGAGAGGGCAGGUUCCUCAAGCCAAGACUCCAGUCGACCUCUCGGCCUGUUCCCUGCUCUCCCCAACCUCAUUCACACACGCUUCUAUAAAUGGGGAAAAUAUUUGUGAACCGGUGGCUGGCAGAAGAAAUAAGCCCUUGACUGUGCAAUGGGACGGCUCCUCUGUCGGGAGGUUUCAGAGUUUCCUCCUUCUUCUCCUUCCUAAAAUAAGCCACGUAUGUAGUGCUACAGGCAGGCAUUAGCCAAGUGUUAAUUAAGAAGGACUGUCCUAGCUUCUUAUUUUUUCCCCAGUUUUGUAACAUUAGCGUCUUUCGUUUUGAAAUAAAAGUGUCUUGUUUUAUUAGAUCUUGGGAAGCGAGGGUGGGGUGAGGCUCCCCCCACCCUUGUCAGCUCAACAGUAGUUCUCAGAAACAUCCACUAGGUUCUAAUGACGCUGGAAAAUUGGGAGAUUGUUUUGGGUCUCUUGGCCAUACCCUGUGGCUCUGAAGCAGAGCUAAAAAAACAAAGUUGAAUGGGGCCAAACAGAUCAACACCAAGCUCAGAAAUCCUUCUCAAUAUGAAAUAUGAAGGUUGUGUUCUUCAUAGUUAAAUAGCAGCCAGUUACGGUCUGUGUUGGCUGCUUUUCUCCUGUGGCAUCCUGAUUUCUGUGUAGGAGCUUCGUUUUUAAUAAGCGACAUGAAGACUCAAGAGCAAUAUACUGUAUAAAUGAUAUACUUUUCUAAUCAGAAUUUUUAAAAGAAGUCCUUUGGCUAAAUCCUCUCCUAAUUGCCACUCAUAGGGUCAGGCCCCUCCUUCUCCACCUGUAACCCACGCUCUGUCCUGACCCGCUCCUCCCUGCAGAGGUUGAGAGGACCUUUUCUUUUGUUUCUUUCAGUGUAGCCCAAGUUCUUCUGAAGAACGUGAUGACUUAAGAUUGUGUUCUAAAAUCAUGAAGCCAGAGCCUGUGCCAGACACCUGCUACCUCUCAUAGAAUUGCUCAGUAAAUUCAGAAGAAGUGGAGAAGCCACUGCCCCUUUACCGCUGAGAAUUGGCUGCUGUUUCUAAUAUAAAUUUGUUUCUGAGACAGCCAUCUAGUUAGUUAGAAAAAGAUUUUUAUGGAUGAGAUAUUGUCUUUCUUGUAUCAAUAUUCUGAAUUCAGCAGUCAGAAAAUUUUUCAUGAGGAAAGGAGGACAGUGAUAAAAACCUAGUACUCAGCAUAUUUUUUCCCCAUUUUUCAGAAGUGAUAUUUCAUGUAUAGGUGCCAAAAGUGAAUUGGGGUGGGGAGAACGGGAACCCUUGGAAUUUAUGGUUAUUACAGAAAUUGUAGAAAUUAUGAUCUGACUGGAAAACAAACAAUCUUGUAUCACCUCCCAAAGAAUCAUGGGCUUUUUUUCAAUUAAAAAACAGAAAUUUACAGUUUUUCAGAA